AGCCUGCAUCGCACGCAGCCAAACGGGAGCGGGCGGCGGCGGCGGCAGAAGCAGCGGUGGCAGGAUGGGGUUGGAGCUGUACCUGGACCUGCUCUCGCAGCCCUGCCGGGCGCUCUACAUCUUCGCCCGGAGCAACAACAUCCCCUUCGAGUUCAAGCGGGUGCAGCUGAUGAAGGGGCAGCACAAGACGGAGGAGUUCCGGAAGGUGAAUGUCCUGAUGAAGGUGCCUGCACUAAGGGAUGGUUCUUUCACCUUAGCAGAGAGCAUUGCAAUCCUCCUGUACCUCGCCCAGAAAUUCAAGACUCCUGAUCACUGGUACCCAUCUGACCUGCAGAAAAGGGCGAGGGUUGAUGAGUACCUGUCAUGGCAGCACGCCAACAUCCGUGCGAAGGGGAGCAAGGUGUUCUUAUCGAAGGUGCUGCUGCCUAUCCUCACAGGCCAGCCGCUUUCUGCAGAGAAACUGGAAUUUCUUAUUGAGGACCUCAACGUUGUCCUAAAGCAGUUUGAAGAGAAGUUCUUGCAGGACAAGCCCUUCAUUGCAGGCAGCGAGAUCUCCCUGGCAGACCUCGUAGCACUGGUGGAGCUCAUGCAGCCUGUAGGUGCUGGCUACAACCUCUUUGAGGAGAGGCCGAAGUUGGCGGAGUGGCGCAGGCGGGUGGAAGAAGCUGUGGGGAAGGAGCUCUUCCAGGAAGCCCAUGAAGGGAUCAUGAACAUUAAGAACUUAACUGCUGAUCAGUUUGCACCUGAACUGCUGGAGAGUUUCAAGCAGCAGCUCCUAAAGCAGCACCACUGGAUCUGCUUGAGGACUGAGGUGAUUCAGUCUGUGUGGAAACGGGGGCCAGUCAGAGCUGCCUUCUCCAUCUCUGUUCACAGAGUUUUCCAGACAAGAGCAAAGGUUUCCUGAGGGAAAGAGGCAGUUCAGGACCCAGUCCCUGCUGGGGACACUGCCAGGGCUCUUGGAGCACCUGGCCGCUAGAUGCUGCUGCAUCAUCUGUGGGACCACAGACUCGUAUCACACUCU